GGCGGUCAGACCAUCAAAGAGCUGCAGAACAAGAGCGGCGCUCGGAUUCACAUUAAUAAGGAUUCGAGUGGUUGUGACACUGAUAUUGAAUUGAGUGGAAGCAGUGGUCAGAUAGAAAUGGCUGACAAACUCAUCAAAGAGUUGACUCAAAAUGGGGGCUAUUCUUCACAGCGAAGUGAGUCCUACUCUUCGCACAGGAAUUCCAGUAAUAAUGACUGGAAUAGUGAUUGGAGUAAUGAGCCGAAGAAGGAGGAGAAGGCGGCCCCGAGUGAGGAGUUUGUGGACUGGGGGGCGGCCAUCGCUGAGAGUGAAGAGGCGACCAAAAAGAAAUGGGCAUCACUUCCACCCAUAAACAAACAGUUCUACUUCGAGAACCCAGACGUGAGAGCCAUGAGUGCAGAGUUUGUGGACAACUUUCGCACUGAAAAUAAUAACAUAAUUGUCAGUCAUUUCACUGAAGGCGACACUCGAGUCAUUCCUAAUCCCAUCCAACACUUCAGUCAAGCCUUUGAACACUUCCCUGAAGUUUUGGGCGAAAUCACGAGACAAGGCUUUAAGACUCCGUCACCCAUUCAGUGCCAGUCGUGGCCUAUACUCCUCAGUGGUUAUGACUUGAUAGGCAUCGCUCAGACGGGAACUGGAAAAACAUUGGCAUACCUUUUGCCGGCAAUGAUACAUAUCGACAGUCAGUCCACUAAACGCGAGGACCGUCCGGGCCCUACAGCCCUAAUUAUGGCGCCCACCAGAGAAUUGGCGCAACAGAUUGAGAAGGAGUGUCAGAAAUAUCGCUACAGAGAUAUCAAAUGUGUUUGCAUUUACGGCGGUGGAGACCGUAACACACAAAUCAGUAAAGUUGGCAAAGGAGUCGAAAUAGUGAUCGCAACGCCCGGACGACUCAAUGAUCUCUGUAUGAAUCGAGUCAUUAAUCUCUCAUCCGUUAGUUAUUUGGUUUUAGACGAGGCCGACCGUAUGCUUGACAUGGGUUUUGAGCCGCAAAUUAAGAAAAUAAUGCUUGACGUAAGGCCCGAACGCCAUACUGUGAUGAUGUCUGCCACGUGGCCCCAGUGUGUCAGACGUCUGGCCGUCGCAUACAUGAAAGACCCGAUGCAGGUAUACGUCGGCACAUUAGAUUUGGCGGCCGUUCACAGCGUCACACAACACAUCAUUAUUACGACAAAUGACGAGAAGCGCGAAAUUAUGUAUGACUUCAUCAAAAAGAUGGAAAAACACGAAAAAGUGAUAAUAUUUUGCGGCAAAAAAGCACUGACCGAUGAUUUAGCGUCUGAUUGCGUUCUUCAAGGAAUUGAUUGUCAGUCAAUACACGGCGAUAGAGAUCAACACGACAGGGAACAGGCGUUGGAAGACAUUAAGAAAGGAUCCGUUCAGAUAUUGUUUGCCACAGACGUGGCCUCACGCGGUCUUGACAUCGAAGACAUUACUCAUAUAUUUAACUUCGAUUUUCCGCGUAAUGUCGAGGAAUAUGUUCACAGAGUUGGCAGAACUGGUAGAGCCGGGAGGACGGGUGCGUCCAUUACUUUGGUUACUCGAGAGGACUGGAAACACGCCAAAGAAUUGAUUGAUAUACUGGAAGAGGCGGAACAGGAGGUGCCCAAUGAUCUGAGAGGAAUGGCCGACCGGUACGGCGUUUGGAAGGCUAAACACGACGCUGAAGUGGCCGCUUGUGGCGGACGUCGCGGCGGUGGCUCUGGAGGUGGAAGUGACGGCUGUUUUAAAUGUGGGCAAAGCGGACACUUCUCACGCGAAUGCCCUCAAGGGGGUGGAGGCCGAAGAGGUGGCGGUGGUGGUAGAUCGCGCUGGUAGUGUAGUUAGUUAUUUGUUAUAUAAAUAAAUUUUUAUAUAAUUUAUUUCUAAUAUUUUUAUAACUACCGUAACUAUCGUUCAUUUAAAGUUUUUGUAAUUUUGUUUGCUUUUUGUCAAAUCAAUAUUUUUCUAAUACUG